AUGGUGAGCCUGGCACUGGGUCCUGGAGCUGACUGCAGAGUGGGCCACUGGUGGUGGGGAGGUCGCUCGCAGGGGCGUUGGAAGGACCUGAGCCGGACGUGUGGCCAGGGCCAGCCUGGUGGGACUCUGGGGGCUGCAAAGAGGCCAGCCCCGCCCUGCCAGCCUCUCUCACUUCCUCCUCUUCCCACGGCCCAGAUCCGCUUCAUCCUAAUCCAGAACCGGGCCGGCAAGACACGCCUGGCCAAGUGGUACAUGCAGUUUGAUGAUGACGAGAAACAGAAGCUGAUCGAGGAGGUGCAUGCUGUGGUCACCGUCCGAGAUGCCAAACACACCAACUUUGUGGAGUUCCGGAACUUUAAGAUCAUUUACCGACGCUACGCUGGCCUCUACUUCUGCAUCUGCGUGGACGUCAAUGACAAUAACCUGGCUUACCUGGAGGCCAUUCACAACUUUGUGGAGGUCUUAAACGAAUAUUUCCACAACGUCUGUGAACUGGACCUGGUAUUCAACUUCUACAAGGUUUACACGGUCGUGGACGAGAUGUUCCUGGCCGGCGAGAUCCGUGAGACCAGCCAGACGAAGGUGCUCAAACAGCUGCUGAUGCUGCAGUCCCUGGAGUGAGGCCCAGCCGGCCCCGCCUGCUCACUUCCCCCGCCAGGCCUGCUGCCCCCCCAGCAGCCCCGUCCCCAGCUCCCCAGGAGGAAGGGACCCAGCGGGGUCUGGGCCACAAGGGAGGAGACUGCACCCCACUGCCUCUGGGCCCCAGCUGUGGCGGAGGCUGCCGCGCAUGUCCUGAGUCACCGUGCCGUUGUCGUGUGCUGCCGUGAGUGUGCGUGCGUGGAGUCCCCAAUAAACCUGUGGUCCCUAGC